AUGGCUAGUCAGGGAAGGGCCACCCCUGCCAAAGAAGAUGUGAAGAAGAGGCAGGCUAAGUUUGAUGCUAUGAUUGAAGGAGAGUUGACAGAUUUACCUCCCAAACCCAAGUCCGCAGUCAGGAUAUUCAUUAGUUCCACAUUUUCAGACAUGCAUGCUGAGCGGAACACGCUGGCCCGUCACGUGUACCCAGUGCUGAAGGAGUACUGUACCGGACUGGAUCUGGACUUCCAGGUAGUGGACAUGAGGUGGGGGGUCACUGAGGACAGUCAGAAUGACCACUCGGUAGAGAACUUGUGUCUGCGGGAAAUUACCAACUGCCAAAACCUAUCACUUGGACCAAACUUUGUGUGUAUUUUGGGAGACAGGUAUGGCUUUCAGCUUAUCCCCGACAAGAUUGUCUCCAGUGAGUUCAAGAGUUUGUUGGGUGAAGCAUUGUUCGUGGACGCAAAGAGCGGAAACCUUCUGACUAAGUGGUAUCGACUGGACACUAAUGCCGUGCCACAUCAGCAUAUUUUACAGCCCAUCAGGAGUGAGUACUCUUACUUUGGUGACCACAGUCCCGGUAAUGAAGAGAUGAGUGCUAAGCACCGGGCGGCCUGGAGUGCCGUACUGGAUCAAAUCCGAAAGACAUUACGCAUUGCGCUCAAUCUCUUGACUGAGUGCGAAAUAAACAGGGGUCUAAUGACAGCACAGGACCCCAAAAGUCACGCUUUGUUUUUCCACCGAGAGUUAGUAGGAUUGAAACAAGGCGAUAGCGGGACGACGAAGCCUUUAAGUAUAUUGACUCUACCAACGAAGGUGGAGAGAUGUCGUGUUGACGCAGAAGCACAAAAGAAGCUCACCGCGGUGGCCACGGAAGAUCAUUCCCAAAAAUCGACAAGAUUCAUCAAGAGCAGCGAGUACUACAGUGAACCAGAUGAAAUUAUUCACCAUCUCAGUUUUUGUGUGGCGAAGUGUGAGUCUUUUUGUGGCAGACAAGAUACCCUUGAGGCUGUGAAAAAGUAUGUUUUGGAUCAGUCCAACCGAAAGCCACUUGUCAUCCAUGCAGAGUCAGGAGCGGGGAAAACUUCUCUGAUGGCGUUACUCAUGAAGAAUCUAGGUAAAUGGUUCGGAAAGCCUUACAUUGGCGUCAUUCGCUUCCUUGGUACAUCUCCAGGAACAAUUAAUCUGUAUGACGUUCUUCUUUCUGUCUGUGGACAGUUGGCAGAUGCCACCGAUAUUAUCAUGGAGCCAGUUGGAUAUCAGAAUUUUGCUAGUCUUGUUCAAUACAUGCCUCGCUUUUUGAGACGAGUUGCCACUGCAGCCAAAAGGCCUAUUGUGAUCCUGCUUGACUCUGUGGAUCAACUUUCCCCUGCUAAUUCGGCCUACACAAUGAAGUGGUUACCACUGAACCUUCCUGCAAAUGUCCGUAUGAUUAUUUCUACCCUACCAAGUGAACACAACAUCCUUAGCAACACAAGAAAGCGGAUUCCUGAAAACAGCUGUUACUUGCAGGUUCCUGUUCUACAAGAAACUACUGUCAAAGAAAUAGUUUCCAAGUAUUUGUCUUCAAAACAAAGAACUCUCACCAACGACCAGUUGAUGAUAUUGAUCUCAAAAUUUCAACAUGAUCCUUGUCCUCUGUAUUUGAAACUUUUACUGGACAAAGCGGCUUCAUGGCAUUCUUACACCCAACUGUCACACAUGAAACUCGGAGACUGCGCACGCCUUGCCAUUCACCUGCUCUUUGAAAGCCUGGAGAAAAAGUUUGGACAGAUUCUUGUUCAGGCGGCUCUUGGAUUUAUCACCGUUUCUCUGAACGGUAUAACAGAGAUUGAAAUGGAAGAUGCUCUUUCAUGUGAUGAUUAUGUGUUGGAUGAUGUCUACCAGUUCCACGACCCUCCAUGUGAUGGCAUUGUCCGAAUACCGCCCUUACUCUGGGCAAGGAUAUAUGACGAUCUCAAGGAGUACCUAGUAGAGCGACUGUCACAGGGAAAGACGACCAUGUACUGGUACCAUAGACAGUUCACUGAAGUCGCCACAGAACGUUACCUAACCGGUGAUAAAGGAAUGCUCUUGCACAAAAAGAUGCUGGGGAUUUUUCUAGCCGAUUCUGGAGUACAAAGGACUAUAAGGCUUACAAAGCGUAACAAGACUGUUAUCAAGGCAGACAGACAAGUUACACAUCAGCCCAUGAUUGCCAAAAAUAGAAGGAAGCUGGAAUGUAUUACACAUCACUUAAUUAAUGCCAAGUAUCAGGUCUCCAUGGAUAUGGCCAAGGAGAAAGUGUUCUGUAACUAUGAUUUUCUCACCACCAAAAUCACAGCAUUUUCUGUGCAGCAUGUUGUCGCUGAAAUGGACGCCUUCCUGGCAGAAAGACCAGAUAAGGAAAUAAAAGCCAUAAGAGAAUUCAUGAAUACCUCUGUCGCAGACUUGAGGUACCCCAUGCAUUUAGCUGUACAUUUGCUAGCAGGCGUCGCUAGUGAGGACGGAUGUAUUUUCCUGGACGAGUUGCUAAGACGCGCCAGACAUUGUGUUUAUAAUCAUAAAGAGCCGUUGCUUAUCCCCGAGGGCUCUUGUUUCGCUCCAAGGGAGAUGUCCAGCACUGUUGUAACACACUGUAUGAUGGGCUGCAAGGAACUGAUGGCGUGCAAUGGCACUUACUUGUGCACAAAGGAAGAAGGAGUGGACGACGGAGAGGAAGUCUCCGCAGUGUUAAAUAUCAACAACGGUGAGCACGAGGUUCUCGACAAAGUAAAGCCUGCAGACUGUUUGGUUCCUCCCAUUCUAACUGACAAUGAACAGCUUGUAGCUGUUUUAUCAGCACAGGUAAUGCUCAAUGAGGUACCUACCAUAGUGUUUGGUCGAAGAAACGGCGACAUCACAUUCCACAGCUUAGAUCACGGUGAACAGAUAGGACAAGUGAAAGCUUUUGAUAGUUCUGUUAAAAAGAUCUUACUUCAGAAGAACAGUUUAGUGGCUUGUGCUGUAAACACGCAGUUAAAGGUUUGGGACUUAGAGAAGCUUGUACAACUGGGAGGAAUGUUGACUAUUGGCUGUCAAAAAGAUAGUGUCUAUGAAGAAAUGAUGGCCACAACUGUCGAGAUUUCUCUUUGCAGCCAACGUUUGUACACAUCAACUAGGGGUAAGGAUAUUAAAGUAUGGGACAUCAGCUCUGGAAAGCUACGUGCAUGCUAUCCCUGUGGCAUGAUAGCUUCUUAUCUGAAGGCUUGUAGGGGCGAGGCAGAACUGUUGGUUGUCUUCAGUAAAAGUUCAGAAAUGGUGAAAGUUUUACACUCAGAGACAGGAAAGGAAACGAUCGCUAAUAUGCCCACUAACGUUCUGGCGGUGACCUUGUCGAAGGAUAAAUGUACUCUAUAUGUUGUAACCCACUACGAGGGAAGACUUAAGUUGUACGAGUUUGAACUUCCAAGACUCCGUCUUGCAAGAAGUUUUCGGCUCCAGAAGGGACUGAAUUUCAAAACCGUCGACGCCCUUUUGAGCUGGACAGAGAGGUACAUUGUCCUUGUAGUAGAAUGCACAGCAGAAGACAGAAAGUCUAUUGAAGGCCAGUGGAAGAAAGGCGGUUUUGCUCCUCAGCCUCACCCGUACCGGUUCUCUGCCAUAGACCUGACCCACACCAGUGGCACUCUACUCCACUGUUACCGGCAGCUCAGCAAGAUCCCUGCUCUGGGGACAGCCAUGGUGGCACAUACCGGAAACACCAUGAUAUUCUGUGUGCGCAGGUGCGUGUGUUUCUGGGAUAUCCCGACUGGAAGGUGUGACCAGAUGAUCACUAAGUCUGGCAGACACGGUAUGUUUUAUAACCCGUCCUGGCUCGGGGGAGGAGACAACGAUGCCACAGCUUAUGCUACUAGCAUUGUCCAGUCCGAAGAUCGAAAUUUCGUUGUCCUGGGCUCGGAUGAUGGAUAUGUGACCACAUAUAGAGCAGAGAGUGGAGCGCCUGUUGGGAUGAAGGCCCCGACAACAAAGCAUCACUUACCAGUAUCACGUCUGGCCGUUUCAACUAACAGUAAAUGGGCCAUGUCCACUUGCCAGAAGAAUUUCCUGAAGUUAUGGGAUAUUCGGACGGGUAACGAGCAGUUCUCUCUCCGACUGGACAACAAGGUCCGUCACAUGGCGGUGUCGCCGGACUCCCAGCAGCUCGUCCUGCUUACAGGAACCAACGCCACCAGGGUUUUGCUCUUCCGCAUUUUUCCGGGGAAAGAGGAGUCAUGAAGUUGACAACGACACGUAACAUAUGUGUUUAUUAUACAUUGACAUGGGGAGUAAACAUAGUAAGAACUGGACCUCUCAGGGAUAUAAACUGCCAUAUAAACUAUCGAACUGUAUGUAUGAAAAGCCAACUUUUGCAGAUUUUGUCCGGAAUUGAUGAAUUUGUAAGGAAACACUUGUGGAC